AUGGUCGUGAUCGACUGGGCCGAAUGGCUCGGGCUUGUUUCAGCCCCUGCAGGCAGCAUCGCCUGCGACGGCCAUGGCGAGCACGGGGAGGUGAUUGCCGAGCGGGUUUCGCGAGUGCUCCCCCUGUUCUUCUCCAUGCACCUUGCUGAUGGCGUUGAGGAGGCCCUGCGCCGGGCCUUUCUGGCGGCCCAGAGCGACCUCGAGGAGUCCUUCGGCGCUAUGCAGGUUUAUAGCGGAGCCACAGUCGUCAUGUGCUGCUUUCAAGAAGGAGCAGAGUCGGUGUGGUGUGCCUAUGUGGGAGACUCCAGGCUAGUGGUGGGCGACAUGGAGACAGGUCAGCCGGUGUACUGCACCGACGAGCACAAGGCUCACCAUCCGCAGGAGUACCAGCGCCUGGAAGCGGCCGGAGCCCAGGUCAUCCAAAAGAGGUAUGAUGAUGGGGAGGUCAUCAGCCGCAUCUUCAUUCCCAAGACCGGAGUACCUGGCCUUGCCAUGUCCAGAUCAUUGGGCGACGGAUGCCUCAAGAAGUAUGGUGUCAGCGCGGAGCCCGAUAUCUGCGACAUCACAGGCCAGUGGCAGGCGUGCCAGUUCCCGGCCAUGAUGCUGGGAAGCGACGGUCUUUGGGCACAGAGCCCAGUCUUUCCAGAGGCUCUAGUGAACAUUCGCUUCUCGCCUCAUGUCCGAAGGCGACGGAGUCGUCGAGCGUCGGAAAUGAGCGCCAUGGACUGGGACUGGGGCCAGCAGAUUCGAAGCGACGACUGGCUGAUCGCUAUGCUGAAAGGCGGCGCCUUGAGCGCCUUCCUCGCCGUGGUCAUGCUGUGCGUGAAGGCCAUGCAGAACUCUGGGGCCACCAUUGCGCCGAAAGGCAGCAAGCGAGACGAGAAGAAGAUGAAGCGCAUUCGUCUUCCCGAGGACUGCGUGAGGCUUAUCGAGAAGGAGGUGAAGGACAAGGAGGAGCAUGCAGAACAUGCCAAUGGCAUCCGAGAGAAGAUGUACGACAGAGUUUGCGGAGCGGCAGACAACGUCUUCGAGAUCCUCCGUAGGCUGCGUCGAACAGAGGACUGGUGGGACAGGCACGAGGUUGUCGAGGAGGUAGUGCAAGAGAAGUACAGCGACCUCCGGCCCGUUCUAGUCUUCGUGAACACGCGCAGCGGGGGUCAACAGGGCUCCAAGAUCCUCCACGAGAUGCAGGAGUACUUGCACGCCGCUCAGGUGGUGGAGCUUCAAAGGGAAGGCCCCGACGCGGCGCUUCAGUGGUGGGACAAGACCAAGUUGCCCUACCGCAUCCUUGUUUGCGGCGGCGACGGCACUGCGGGCUGGGUCCUAGGUGCUCUCGAGCAGCUGAAAGCAGAGGACAAGCUCUCGCAGACACAGCCCUUGGGCAUACUACCCAUCGGCACUGGCAACGACCUGGCCAGGGUCUUGAACUGGGGCGGUGGCUACACCAACAGCAGCGUGCUGCCCGCUCUGCAGCAGAUGAGAAGCGCCAAGACCAAGCUGCUGGAUCGCUGGAGGGUGUUGUGCCGCGACAAGAAGAAAGAGGACAUGGAAGAGCCGGCCGGCGACAAAGACGAGCUUGGCCAAGGCGAGGACAAGGAGGAGAAAGAGGAGCGCGACAAAGAAGAGCCGGGCGACAAGGUGAAGUGGGUCUCGCGGCCCCAUUUUCUUCCGGUGCAGCCAGACCGGAAGAUCAUGGCCAUGAGCAACUACCUUGGCAUAGGCGUGGAUGCCGCUGUUGCCAUGGACUUUCACCAGAUGCGCGAGCGACGGCCCGGGCUGUUCGUGUCGCAGCUUGUGAACAAGCUGUGGUACUUCAGGAGUGGGUAUCGGAAUUGGAUGACCAAGCACUGCGCAAACAUUGGCGAGAAGAUGGAGCUCUUUUGCGUCACCCGGUGGACAUCCCCAGCUCCUUGGAAGGCAUCAUCAUCUUGA